CUCCGGUUGUCGCCUUCCCGAGAUUCCGGUUGUGGGUGGGCAAGAAUAAAGCCCUCUCCUUCCCUCUCGUCGCGGCAUAUAUAGGGUGGCCAACCCCGCACCCUAUCUCUCCUCAUUUCCUCCUCUUCGAUUACAAGAUGCUCUUCCAUACCUCCAUCGAAAUCUGUGUUUUCCGGCUCUCUCUCAAUGCUUGUUGGUGUAAAUUAAAUUGAGCGGUUGUUUUCGUUUUUCCCUUCCUAUUGGGAUUUGGGAGCGUCACAUGGGACUCAAAUUUCAUGACAAUCCCAAUCUAGGUUUUGUAAUUUUAGUGUUCUGAAAUCGAUAUUUUGCUUUACCCAAUGCGCAAAUUUUGAGUUUUUUUAGCGGAGAUUUGUUGUUGACGGCUCUAGAGACUGGUGGGUGAUAGUUCCUCUUCUCGCAUUUUGGAUUUGGGGGAGGGCACGGAUAACUGGGUCUGCACUUCUCAAUUUGAUGAGAGUUUAUUCGAUAGAGAUUGAUCAAUUAAGCUGAAUUUGGGCUGGAAUUUGAUGAGACGGCGGUCGUUAGAGUCCAACCAUCACGAGGAGAUGGAGAAGGCCAACGGCAAGCCUCCACCAUCUCGGCUCUGCUUCUUGGCCACCCUAUCGGCCAUGUUCUGGAUCAUGAUCUUCUACUUCCAUUUCACUGUUCUCAGCAGCAACCCUAUCGGCAAACCGGAGCAACCCGUUCCCUUCUCCGUUUCGGCCCAACCCCAGCGGAUUUCGGAAGCAUAUGAAGCGUUUGAACUGCCCAAAAUGAAGGCACCGCCGAGAUCAAAGCCAUCGGAUACUCGUCAAGCACCAGAGGCGUUCCCCUUCACCCGGGCCCUCCGGACCAUCGAGAAUAAGAGCGAUCCGUGCGGUGGGAGGUACAUCUACGUCCAUGACCUCCCCUCGCGGUUCAAUGCCGACAUGCUCCGAGAUUGCAAGAAUUUGAGCCUUUGGACCAACAUGUGCAAAUUCACAAGCAAUGCUGGUCUGGGGCCUCCGCUUGAGAAUGCUGAAGGGGUCUUCUCAAACACCGGAUGGUAUGCCACCAAUCAAUUCGCGGUGGAUGUGAUCUUCAACAACCGAAUGAAGCAGUACGAGUGCCUGACCAAGGAUUCAUCCAUUGCCGCAGCUAUUUUCGUGCCCUUCUAUGCUGGUUUUGACAUAGCUCGAUAUCUUUGGGGAUACAAUAUCUCAGUCAGGGAUGCUGCAUCUCUCGAUUUGGUUGAUUGGCUCAUGAAGAGGCCUGAGUGGAACGUGAUGGGGGGAAGGGACCAUUUCUUGGUGGCUGGGAGGAUCACUUGGGAUUUCAGGAGAUUGACGGAUUCUGAAACGGAUUGGGGGAAUAAGCUUCUGUUCUUGCCAGCUGCAAGAAAUAUGUCCAUGCUGGUUGUGGAGGCAAGCCCAUGGAAUGCUAAUGAUUUUGGGGUACCAUAUCCUACUUACUUUCAUCCAGCAAAGGAUGGUGAUGUUUUCCUUUGGCAGGACCGGAUGAGGAAGUUGGAACGGAAGUAUCUAAUCUCAUUUGCAGGUGCGCCACGGCCUGAUAAUCCAAUAUCAAUCAGAGGGCAGAUAAUAGAUCAGUGCAAAAGGUCCAAGGUAUGUAAGUUGUUGGAGUGUGAUUUUGGAGAGAGCAAGUGUCACUCCCCAAGCAGCAUAAUGCAGAUGUUCCAGAGUUCCUUGUUUUGCUUACAACCUCAGGGAGAUUCAUAUACAAGGAGAUCAGCUUUUGACUCCAUGUUGGCUGGUUGCAUACCUGUUUUCUUCCAUCCUGGUUCUGCUUAUAUACAGUACACAUGGCAUCUCCCGAGGAACUACUCGACAUAUUCGGUGUUUAUCCCGGAGGAUGAUAUUCGAAAGCAGAAUGUCAGCAUUGAGGAGCGGUUAAAGCAAAUUCCUCCAGAUGUUGUGGAAAUAAUGAGAGAGAGAGUCAUAAGCCUUAUACCAAAGCUAAUAUAUGCAGACCCUAGGUCUAAACUGGAGACUCUUAAGGAUGCGUUUGAUGUGGCAGUUCAGGCAGUCAUCAACAAAGUUACAAAACUAAGAAGGGAUGUAAUUGAAGGCCGUGAAGAUAAGGACUUCAUCGAAGAGAACAGCUGGAAAUAUGCUUUGUUAGACGAUGGCCAGCAAACAGUUGGGCCACAUGAGUGGGAUCCUUUCUUUUCUAAGCCGAAGGAUGGUAACGGAGAGUCUGGCACUAUAUCUGCUGAAGCUGCUAAGAAAUCUUGGAAGAAUGAACAAAGGAGUCAGGCUUGACUUGUAUUCUGGAGUGAUGAGAAGGCAGGGCUAAUUGAUUACGAUGAUUUAUAAUCACAUUGGUACAAUCUGAAGCUACUUGAAUGCAAGUAAAUCAUCAAAUUACAGAUAUGUGGAUGAGUGAGCCUUGAUCAUCAUUGUUGAGUGUAUAUCAGUUGAGUUUUUCUGCAAAUUGUGAGAAUGUGUCUACAACAAUAAUUAGAACUUCAAAGAUGAACCAUAGGAGGGGUUUGAUCUCUUGUGAUGUUUGCAUUAGGUAAGAUGUGCUUUCCAUUUAUCAAUUUCCUAUUUGUAUAUAUCUUUCCUAACAAUAGUUGAAUUUUGAAUACAGAACCUAAUAAUAUAAGACGUCUGUCAGUUCGGUAAGGUGCUAUACUACAUAUACAGCCAGCAGCUUUGGAAAUCCUUUUGUGUUUGGUUCUAUGUUAUACACGUUUCAAGAUAUGAGUCGCCAAUCCAUUCAAGAAUUUGUCACACAAUGUCACUUGCUCCAAGACUUUUGAAGCAACCAACAUGACCAAGCUCUGUAAGUUUUAUCUUUUGCCUUCUUGCGGAUGAUGCAUGCAUAUCUGUAAGGGACAAUUUUUUCAUUUUCUUCAUUCAUGGUGCUUGAUUGAACGAUUGAUCUCUCUCAGCUUUCAUCAAUUUGUCAUGGCUACCGUGUGUUAUUUUAUGUGGUAGUAGUAGUCCGCACUGUUUGGUGGUCUUAAAGUGCGUGAUGGCCACCACAGAACUUUAAUAGAUGCUUUUUAAUUGCUUACAUAAUAUGUUAUUCAUGAUAUGGUAAUCAACAUUGAUUGUGUGCUUGCUUUUCCUUUAUUUGGAAUCUACUUUUGAAUAGGCAGGGAGAUGGCAAGAAGCAUCUUGGCCACCGGUGGAUGAGCAGAUGCCAAAUUUUCUUGCAAGGCAUCCUGCUGUAUCGUAAGGAGCAGCCUUUCCUUAUGUGACUAGGAGGGCGUAGAUUGAAGCAAUCGAUGAAGAGGGAACAUUUUGGGCUAUCAAACGGGGACAACCAUUUUAAUGUCAAUCUUAAAGCCAGCCACACUUGUUUAGGAUCUCUAUCGGUACGUUCACGAUGAAGUGUUUUGUUCGGCUACAUAAUUCCGAUGCUUAUGUUUCGAUAAAAUUGACGGUGAGAGUUUACGGGUUUCUUCAUUCAGCUCUUUUUUGGUGUAUGAGCUUAUGCAUUUGGAUAAUUUUUAUUCCUCAAACAUGAUUGAUAAUUUAGAAGAAAUAAAAUAUUAAUUUUGAUUAUAUUAAGUUUUCUUUAUGCUAGGUUAAGGGAUCAAGCUUGGCAUGUGAAUCCAAGUGAAAUGGAUGAUUUUGUACUACGACAAUAAUAAUAAAGCUGUAAAGUCUUAAUUAUUUAAGCUUUACUCGAUCUUUUGAUAUUAUUGAGAUAUGUAAAGAAAUUAUAUUUGUAGUUAAAAUAAUGUUUUUUAGUC